AUGGCAUUUCUCUGGGUGUUCGUUUGCCUUGCCUUAGCAGGCACAGCAUAUGGCUGUGGUAUCCAAGCUAUAAAACCAGUAAUCACCGGGUAUGCUAGAAUUGUGAAUGGUGAGGAGGCCGUUUCAGGAUCUUGGCCAUGGCAAGUUUCCUUACAGGACUGGACUGGCUGGCACUUCUGUGGGGGCUCCCUAAUCAAUGAACAGUGGGUGGUCACUGCAGCCCAUUGUAGUGUGACCACUUCUCACCGAGUCGUCCUUGCAGAGCAUGACCGUUGCUCAUCAGCAGAAGCAAUUCAGACAAUGUCUAUUUCCAGGGUUUUUCGGCACCCAAAUUAUAACUCCUACACAAUCAAUAACGACAUCACACUUUUAAAGCUGUCUUCCAAAGUUAGUUUUAAUAACCGUAUUUCCCCAGUAUGCCUGCCAGCUUCAAGUGAUAACUUCCCAGGAGGCAUGUUGUGUGUGACUUCAGGAUGGGGCCUGACCAACCCCAGUGCUUCUAAUACACCAUGCCAACUCCAACAGACUGCUCUUCCUCUCCUUACUAACACUCAGUGCAAGACUUAUUGGGGCACCAACAUUACUGACCUCAUGAUUUGUGCAGGGGGAGCUGGGGCUACCUCCUGUAUGGGUGAUUCUGGAGGACCUCUGGUCUGCCAACAGGGAAGUGCCUGGUACCUCGUGGGUAUUGUAUCCUGGGGAAGCAGCUCUUGUUCCAGGACAACCCCUGCAGUCUACGCUCGUGUUACUGCUCUGCGCUCCUGGAUUGACCAAACUAUUGCAGCUAACUAA